AUGACUACCAAGGCCAUCGUCUUCGUUGAAAAGGGCAAAAUGGCCAUCCAAGAGGUGUCUGUGCCCAAGCUCCGUGACGGCUAUGUUUUGGUCAAGGUCAAUGCGGUCGGGGUUAACCCUACGGAUUGGAAGCACACCGACAAUGGCCUCACUGAUCCUGGAUCAAGGGUUGGAUGUGAUUAUGCGGGUGUCGUUGAGGCUGUGGGCAGCAAGGUGACUAAGCCUUUCAAGAAGGGCGAUAGAAUCAGCGGCGUCGUUCAUGGAUCCGAUCGAACCCAGCUCGAGAAUGGAGCGUUCGCCAAUUACAUCGUUGCAAAGGCUGAUGUUCAGAUCAAGACUCCUGAUAACAUCAGCGACGAGGAGGCUGCGACUCUUGGCAUCUCAAUUGCGACAGUCGGCCAAGGUCUGUACCGCACUCUCGGCCUGCCAAUCCCCACCGAAUCCACCAAGGACAGCGAGUACAUUUUGAUCUACGGAGGCAGCACCGCGACUGGCAUCUUCGGCAUCCAGUUCGCCAAACUGUCUGGACUCAAAGUCAUCGCCACGGCCUCACCACAUAACUUUGACUACCUGAAAUCCCUGGGCGCUGAGGCCGUCUUUGACUACAAGUCGCCCACGGCGGCAGAGGACAUCCGCAAGUACACCGGCAACUCUCUCAAGCUCGCGUGGGACUGUACCGGUUUUGGUGGGCCCCUCGUCGCCGGCGCUCUGAGCAGUGAGGGGGGCAAGUACGCGUCCAUCAUGCCAGUCAACAAGGAACAAGUGGCCGCUAUCAAUCCCAAGGUUGAUGGCCCGCACGUCACGCUUAUGUACUCCAUCUUUGGCGAGCGGUUUGUCAAGGCCAGCGAAACGCCGGCCAAGCCCGAGGAGCUUGAGUUUGCCAAGAAGUUCUGGGAAGUGGCGCGGCAGCUUCUCGAGGAGGGCAAGUUGAAGGUUCCCCGGACCAUUGUCAACAGAGGCGGCAAUGGAUUCGAGGGCAUUCUCAAGGGCCUUGAUGAAUUGCGGGCCAACAAAGUCAGCGGCGGGAAGCUCGUUUAUACUCUGUAG